UGUUACUGACUUUACAAAACAGGUUCUCCCCAACAAUCAUUCUUUAUCUUUGCACUGUUCUGCCGUGUAUAUGGAUACUAGAGCUUGGUGCUGCAGAAAUUGAACCAUCACUCAGAACUGCUCCUCAGAAUUCCAGUCAUCUUCCCAUUCGCUUUGGAGCAGUAUUGCUAGAGUUGCAGAGUUUCAGCCUGCAGAUGUGGACCACAGGGUUGGAACAGACCAUGUUGUUUGCUCUUGUUCUUGGACGUUGGCUCAUGCCACGAGGCAGCAUGACACGUGAUCAGCUCUCUGCUGUGCUUAUGGUAGAUGUUGGUCUAGGCGCAGACAUUCUGGAACUUUUUGACCCUUUUAAAGAGCCUGGUGUAAAGCUGAAGAAGGUAGUGGUGGUUAUGGGUCUUGUUGUAUUUAGCUGGGCUUUCCUGCAAUUUCCCUUGGUUCUGACCCAGAAGGAGUUUUCUGUUUCCACUUCAUCCAAGAAGACAAUGGAGUGUUUACAGUGGUGCUGCACUAGUGAAACCUUGAGCUUGUUAGUCACUCUUUGUAUGCUGGACGGACCCUUUUUACUCUACCGCAUCUCCAUGCUGGUGCUGGCAAAGAUGAGGAGUCAGAUGAUGCUGUACUUUGUCUGCAAGAACUUCCUCACAGUGGUCUUUGUCAUCUAUAGACUUAUUAUGAUGGUGAGGGAAAAGAGAAAAAGAGUGGACGCAUUCACCACAGCAAAUAUCCCCAUAGACUCUGACCAACAGAGUGAAGAGAUAUGGACUGCAGAUGCAGAGCAGUCACUAGAGCUCGGUCUCUGGUUGCUGUCUGAUGGCAGUCAAACCUGUUCCACUAGAGAUUUGCUUGGGAAAGAAUACCAGUGAGCACUCUAAUACCAAGGGUCAGAAUCAAAUGCUAGUGGAAUGUAUAUAUCUGAACUUCACCUCCAAGUAUAACUAAUGGGACUUGAUGGAUUAGGAAUCGACAGCCUUGGUUGAAUUGCUACAGCAGAAUCAAAAAUCAAAAUGUUCACACUACAGGUGGGUAGUGUCUGGGGAGAUCUCAUGGCUGGAAUUUCUGAAACAGUGCCCAGUGGAAUGACCAAACCUUACCUCAGGCCUGUGGUAGGCUGCAGGUUUUCAUUCUAACCCAUUUCUUAAUU